CUCGAGUGGCCCGAGGUGGCCUGGCUGCUGGGUUGCGGUCCGCGCAGUCCGACUCAUCCCAUCCCGGGUAUGGCGUCCCCACGGGAAUUGACUCAGAACCCCUUGAAGAAGAUCUGGAUGCCCUACAGCAAUGGGCGACCCGCUCUGCACGCCUGCCAGCGCGGUGUUUGCAUGACCAACUGCCCAACGCUCAUUGUCAUGGUAGGCCUGCCCGCCAGGGGCAAGACCUACAUCUCCAAGAAGCUGACUCGCUACCUGAACUGGAUUGGCGUGCCAACGCGAGAAUUCAACGUUGGCCAGUACCGCCGGGACAUGGUCAAGACAUACAAGUCUUUUGAGUUUUUCCUUCCAGACAACGAAGAGGGCCUGAAAAUCAGGAAGCAGUGUGCCCUGGCGGCCCUCCGUGAUGUCCGGCGGUUCCUUAGUGAGGAGGGGGGACAUGUGGCGGUUUUUGAUGCAACGAAUACCACCCGAGAACGGAGAGCGACCAUCUUUAAUUUUGGGGAACAGAAUGGCUACAAGACCUUUUUUGUGGAGUCCAUCUGUGUGGAUCCUGAGGUCAUAGCCGCUAACAUUGUGCAAGUGAAACUCGGCAGCCCCGAUUAUGUGAACCAUGAUAGUGAUAAGGCCACGGAGGAUUUCAUGAGGCGCAUUGAAUGCUAUGAGAAUUCAUAUGAGUCAUUGGAUGAGGACCUGGACAGGGAUCUGUCCUACAUCAAGAUCAUGGACGUGGGACAGAGCUACGUGGUGAACCGUGUGGCUGACCACAUCCAGAGCCGUAUUGUAUAUUACCUCAUGAACAUCCAUGUGACCCCCCGCUCCAUCUACCUCUGCCGACAUGGGGAGAGUGAGCUCAACCUCAAGGGCCGGAUUGGCGGGGACCCAGGACUGUCCCCUCGGGGCAGGGAGUUUGCCAAGAGUCUGGCCCAGUUCAUCAGUGAUCAGAACAUCAAGGACUUGAAGGUCUGGACGAGCCAGAUGAAGAGGACAAUCCAGACAGCUGAGGCCCUGGGUGUGCCUUAUGAACAGUGGAAGGUCCUCAACGAGAUUGAUGCGGGCGUCUGUGAGGAAAUGACUUACGAGGAAAUUCAGGAUCAUUAUCCACUGGAGUUUGCCCUGCGGGACCAGGACAAGUACCGGUACCGGUACCCCAAGGGGGAGUCUUAUGAAGACCUGGUCCAGCGGCUCGAGCCUGUCAUCAUGGAGCUGGAGAGGCAAGAGAAUGUGCUGGUCAUCUGCCACCAGGCUGUGAUGCGCUGCCUCCUGGCCUACUUCCUGGAUAAGGCCGCAGAACAGCUGCCCUACCUCAAGUGUCCACUGCACACCGUCCUGAAGCUGACCCCUGUGGCUUACGGUUGUAAAGUGGAGUCGAUAUUCCUGAACGUGAUGGCUGUGAAUACGCACCGGGACAGGCCUCAGAAUGUAGAUAUCUCGAGGCCUCCAGAGGAAGCCCUCGUCACGGUCCCUGCUCACCAGUGACCAUGUCUCAUCCACUGCGACCCCCAGGCAGGAAACGGUCUCUGCCCGACCUGAUCAGAAACAGAAUUUGUGAAAAGGAACUUGUGUAGCUUCCAGAGCCACCGAGGGGGCCGGAGGACAAGACUCAGAGCCAGCCGGACAGCUCGUUUCCAGCCCAAACCUCCGUCCUGCUCUGGCCUGCUGAGCAAGCCACCACCACCGCCACCGCAGGAUCCUCACCAUAGCCCAGACACUGCAGGAUCCUCAUAUAGCCCAGACACUUCGAGCCCUGAGCCUCGAAGGAGGCUCUCUGUUGUCCAGACGUGGCAGCCAGCCCCCCAGCGAACUCCUGGGAGGGUUCUGAUUGGCUGGGCCUGGACAAAGGCCCUUGCCCUGGGGCGAAGGACAGCGAGCCCGUGAGUCUCUGGCAUUUCUGCCUUCUCAAGUGGAAGAAAGGGGCCCAGGUGCUGGGUGAAGAGGAAUGGCAGGGGCCUCUACUUCAGCAUUGCUAAUUAACAAAAAUUCGACUGAGUAAAUUUUAAAGAUCUAAUUGGCUUUCUUAAGUGAUUCCUGAAGUGGGCAGCAUCUCAUCUUACCCGUGGAGGGGAGCUCUGAGGAGUGGGACAAGACGGAAGGUUUCUAUAGAAGGAGGGUGGGAGCAGGAAGGUUAUUAGCAAAAGAAAAGGAUUGUUCCAGACCUGGCCUCUUUCUGGGGGGCGAAGCAAGGUGUCUUAUCAUGCAGACGACCCCAUCUUUCUUUGAGGGGUGGGAGAGGAGCAAGAGGCCGACUCAGUGGCGCUGAUUGAAAAAUUCCUGACUGACCGGUUAAGACUACAUUUCUGGGAGAGGUUGAAACUGCAAUUUGAUCGGGUAUCAAGGCCUGGUUUGGGAACUUGGUCUGAGGGACGUCAUUUGGGGCCCGUGAUUUUUGUUUUGUUUUGUUCUAAUUUUUUAAUGUUUAUUUUUGUGUGUGAGAGAGAGAGAGAGCAGAGGAGGGGCAAAAGAGAGAGGGAGACAGAAUCGGAAGCAGACUCCAAGCUCUGAGCUGUCAGCAGAGCCUGACUCGGGGCUCGAACUCACGAACCGAACCGUGAGAUCAAGACCUAAGCCAAAGUCCGACGCUUAACCGACUGAGACACCCAGGCGAGCCCGCACCACCCCCCCCCCCCCCCCCUCUUUUUUUUUUUUUUUUUUUUUUUUUCACAGCACUCACCUCUCCUGGCCCAGAGUCUCAGGCCUGGGCUGACAGGUUGCGCCCACCCCCUGUCA